AUGCUAGAUAUACAGCAAAAGCGACCCUAUCCAUCUGAGUACAAUACAGAAGAUAACAGAUGUCUUCAAACCCAAGUCAGAGUGUUCAAACGUUGGGUGAAUGUAUUACUGAAACAGGCAAAUGCCAAGGAAAUCAAUGAUGUAUUGGAAAUAUUUACUGAUCAUGAAAAUUUGUAUAAUUUAUGCAAGUACCUAGCAAGUCAAAAAGUGGCAUGUAGUAAACAGACAUUCCCAGAUUAUAUCCCUCACCUGGAACGUGCAAUAACUAUUCUAGAAAAGCUAUAUGGGUGA